AUGCCAAAGACAUGGUAUUCUUUCCUGCUGUGUUGGCUGUCCUUGCGGCUUGAGGCUAAUCCUGGUCUUAAAGUGAGGAUUACUCAGAAGGGGCUGGACUAUGGCAGGAGGAUUGGGAUGGAGCUCCUGAAGCAAGAAGUACAGAAAGAGACUUUCCCAAGCUGGAGUGGAAGGGAGAGUUUCUCUGUUGUUAAGGUCAACUAUGUCAUUUCAAGCUGGAUCUACAGCUUUCUAUCUGGUUAUCUUGAGAAGCCCAUUCACACCAAAUUGAAUAAAAAUCUAUGCCUGAAUAUCAAAUACAAAAUCCAAAUGAUGGAUGCACAGCUUAGAAAGCAUACAGUCCUAAACCAGAUUGAUGCCUUUGCACAAAUAGACUAUUCCCUAGUUAGUUCUCCUGCAGUCUUCAAAUCACACAUGAACUUGGAUUUGAAGGGCACAGUCUAUCCAGCAGGAAAUCACACAGACCCUCCCUUUGUGCCAGCUCUGUUUGCUCUCCCGAACAAGGAUGAUUCCAUGCUAUACCUGGGAGUUUCCAGUUAUUUUCUUAAGUCUGCUUCACUGGCUUACUACAGAGCAGGGGCCUUUAACAUCACCAUGUCCAAAGAGCUUGCUACAACAUUUAACCUAAAUACUGCCUUAUUCAAAGAUCUUGUUCCUGAGAUUGCCCUGAGUUACUUAACAGCAUGCCCAGUGCUACUGAAGCUGGUGGCUACCUCACCGCCUGAAGUCAGUUUAAAUGCAGACAGAUGCAUCCUACAGAUCACUGGCUGUGUGGAAGUAUUUGCUGUUCUGCCACAUUCAACCACCCAGUACAUCUUUGCGGGGAAUCUAGGUCAUCUGGUGAUUUCUACAGACAUUGAUUACAAAC